CUAAACACCCAUUAAAAGUUAAAGGUGUUGUUACUAUAACGAAACCAUUUCCCUCAAGAUUUCUUGAGUUCUUCAACAUCUAUCGUACACCUUUUUCACACAAGAAAACCCAGUCAUUAAAAUCCCCUCACCAACCUUUCAGUGCUCAUUUAAUUAAUCACUCACUCACAUGUAAAUAAUAAUAACAACAACAAUAAUAAUCUCCCACCAUUUAUAAAUGAUAUACAUAUACAUUGGUAUGAUAGCUCAAAUUCUCCUCGUCGCAAAAAGCUGAUGAAACAAUUUAUCAAACACAUGGUGCGCAUAACAUACCCGGCAUUGUCAUGGCUACUACUCCCAGCAUUAUUAACUAUUAUGGUUACGAUUCCAACCUCGGAGGCUAACAGGAGAACAAGUAAGGUUCCAGCAGUGAUAGUUUUCGGAGAUUCAUCGGUGGAUUCGGGAAACAACAACGUGAUCUUGACGGUUCUUAAGAGCAAUUUCAGGCCAUAUGGGCGUGACUUUGAAGGAGGACGUCCAACAGGAAGGUUCUGUAAUGGAAGGGUUCCGCCGGAUUUCAUCGCCGAGGCGUUUGGGGUGAAGAGAUCAAUUCCGGCUUACUUAGAUCCUGCGUUUGACAUUGAUGAUUUUGCAACUGGUGUUUGUUUUGCUUCUGCUGGAACUGGAUAUGACAAUGCUACUUCUGAUGUACUUAAUGUAAUACCAUUGUGGAAAGAAUUGGAGUUGUACAAGGAGUACCAAGCAAAAUUGAGAAACCAUGUUGGGGUAGAGAAGGCAAAUCAUAUCAUAAGAGAAGCUUUAUAUCUUAUGAGCUUAGGAACCAAUGAUUUUCUUGAGAACUAUUACAUUUUCCCAACUAGAAGAGCUCAAUUCACAGUUACACAAUACCAAGAUUUUCUAUUGGGAAUUGCUGAGAAUUUCAUUAGGGAAUUGUAUGCACUUGGAGCAAGAAAAUUAUCCAUAACUGGCCUUGUUCCUAUGGGGUGUCUCCCAUUGGAGAGGGCUACAAAUAUCUUUGGUGACCAUGCUUGCAAUGAUGAAUAUAACAAUGUGGCAUUUGGGUUCAAUGCAAAGUUGGAGAAUUUGAUCUCAAAGCUUAAUAGGCACCUGCCACAAUUGAAAGCAGUUUCAGCAAAUGCAUAUGACAUACUUGAUGAUAUCAUUAAAAGGCCUUCCACAUAUGGAUAUGAGGAGGUAGAGAAGGCAUGUUGUUCAACAGGGACAUUUGAAAUGAGCUACUUAUGCAGUGACAAGAAUCCACUUACAUGCACUGAUGCCUCCAAAUAUGUCUUUUGGGAUGCCUUUCAUCCUACCGAGAAGACUAAUCAAAUUGUUUCUAAUUAUUUGAUUCCAAAGCUUCUUGCAUAUUUUAGAUGAUGUGCAUGCAUUCUCUUUUAAUUAAUUUUCCUUUCAAAAAGAUAUACCAUUAUUCACCUAGGUGCAUUAUUCAAACAUGCACAUUAUAUUGUA